CUACAUCCUACAUUUUGCGAAGACUUCCUGCGAAGCUUUACCAAUUCUCUACGCGUCUUUGGGUUCUGUUCAGGUUUUAUGUAUAUGGUGCAAGGAUAGAAUUAAAUCUGGGAUUUGGAAGGUAGACAUGGCUGACUUGACUAAAUUGCUUCUGCUCUGAUCAAUAUUUGUGGUCAAUUAAAUACUUAUUCCAGGUGAUGGAAAUUUCGAUGAAAAACUGAAAAUUUUGCACAAGUUUGAUUUCAGUCAAAAAAACUGUUCGUGGUUUGUAAGAAGAGUAUUCGAAUAUGAUCUUAACAUGAUAAGAUUCAAGGCUCGUUUACUGUAAUGUCAAUGAUAAUUCGCAUUUUAAGUGAAUCUAUCAGAUAUUUCUUGAAAUAAAUUUUGGAUUCGUGAUAUUUGCUGCCUGAAAAUAAAUUAAUAGUGAUGACGUGUGGUGUUAUCUGUUACCAUACGUAGGGAGAAAUUAACAAUAGUAGUAUUAGAUUUAAGAAGAAAAAGGGGAAAGAAAGGCAAGUCAGAAUCACAAUGUUUGUAGAGUCAACCUGCAACCAGGUGUAUGGCAAAAGAUGGAUGCAAAGCCAUCCACCUCAGAAAAGCCAAUUUUGUUCACGGGUAAUCUGGAGUCAUUCCAGUUCAAAAGUUCACAAGCUCCUCUGCCCUCUCUCUCUAGAAAUUUGACAAAAAAGCAUGCCAAGUUAUAUAAAAGUUAAGAUUCACCACCCUUGUAACAAAAAAGCAGACGGCAUAAUUAAAUGCGGCAGGGCUCACAUUUUGAUCAGGAAAACCCAAAAAGAAGCAUAUCUUCUUUGAACUUGGGAUUGUUGAAUUUGUUUUAGCAUAAUUUAUUGUUUGAUAUUUGGCUAUGUCUGUGGAGUCGAGCUGUGGUUCAGCAGAUCACGGCGGGCAUAACAUCAAAGGGGUGGCCACUCAUGGUGGGAGAUACAUGCAGUACAACGUCUACGGAAAUCUGUUUGAGCUUUCGAGGAAGUAUGUUCCUUUUAGGCCUGUCGGCCGUGGUGCUUAUGGCAUUGUCUGCGCUGCUGUAAACUCCGAGACACGUGAAGAGGUAGCCAUUAAGAAGAUUGGCAAUGCAUUUGAUAACAGGAUCGAUGCAAAGAGGACGUUGCGAGAAAUAAAACUUCUGCGCCACAUGAAUCAUGACAAUGUAAUUGCAAUCAAAGAUAUCAUACGGCCACCUCAGAAGGAGAACUUCAACGAUGUCUAUAUCGUGUAUGAACUCAUGGACACUGAUCUUCACCAUAUUAUCCAGUCCAACCAAACAUUGACUGACGACCACUGUCGGUAUUUUCUCUACCAAAUACUGCGAGGACUUAAAUAUGUUCACUCCGCAAAUGUCUUGCACCGUGACCUUAAACCGAGUAAUUUGCUCCUCAAUGCUAACUGUGAUCUGAAAAUCGGAGAUUUUGGGCUUGCAAGGACGACAUCUGAGACUGAUUUCAUGACCGAGUAUGUUGUCACUCGAUGGUACCGAGCACCAGAGCUGCUCCUAAACUGCUCAGAAUACACAGCUGCAAUCGAUAUCUGGUCUGUCGGCUGCAUAUUUGGCGAAACGAUGACGAGAAAACCCCUGUUUCCUGGGAAAGACUAUGUCCAUCAGUUGAGACUCAUCACAGAGCUCAUAGGCUCUCCGGACGAUGCCAGCCUCGGUUUCCUCAGGAGCGACAACGCCCGAAGAUACGUAAGGCAGCUCCCGCAGUACGUGAAGCAGCAAUUCUCCACCAGAUUCCCCAACAACACAGCUAGCGCUCUGGAUUUACUAGAGAAAAUGCUCGUUUUCGACCCAAGCAAGCGUAUUACUGCUGAUGAGGCUCUCUGCCAUCCGUACUUGGCGCCUCUACACGACAUCAACGAGGAGCCUGUCUGCCCCCGCCCUUUUGUUUUUGACUUUGAGCUGCCAUCCUACACCGAAGAAAAUAUCAAAGAGCUCAUCUGGAGGGAGUCCGUUAAAUUCAACCCCGACCCAACUCACUGAGGAAUAAUUGUAGUCGAUACUUAUUUGUCUAUUAUCUUUGCAGUUCAGUAUAUUGUUUUACAAAAAAAGCUCAAGUUCAACCUUAAUAUUUGCAACAUGGUAAAUUUUUUAGUGAUUCAAUAACCCUCAUUUGAUAA